AUCGCAUGAAGAGAAAGAAAGACAAAACCAAAUCCGAAAGCCAAAUGCCUCAAUAGGAACCUCAAAGUAAAAUGAGAAGAGAAACAAACCGAGAGAGAGAAUUGAGUCGCCGAUUAGUUCUCGAACAUGCUCGAAUUGGCUAUACCGCAAAAUUUCCCUUACAUUAUCUCUGACGCCAUUUCAAGAUCUGUUUCUUAUCCUUAUAUUUUCUUUUGUCGAAAUCAACUAAAAUCUUCAAUAUCCAAUCGCCGGUUCUUCAGUUACCCGCUGUUGGCACCUCAGAGCUUUGAAUCAAGUUACUUGACGUAUCGUAGGAAGAGCUUUGUGACGCUUGUGAAAGCGAGUCGGAGAGAGUCACCGUACGAAGUGCUUGGUGUUUCUCCAACCGCAACUCCAAAUGAAAUCAAAAGGGCUUAUCGGAAACUGGCUCUGAAGUAUCAUCCCGAUGUUAAUAAAGAGCCUAAUGCACAGGAGAAAUUUAUGCGUAUUAAACAUGCAUACAACACAUUGCUGAAUUCUGAAUCUCGAAGGAAAUAUGAUUAUGGGAAUCAUGGAUCUGAUUUUUCAUAUUCAUCUGCCCAACGUAGCCAAGAUGAAGAAACAUUUUACGGACUAGGUAAUUUUUUCAAGGAUGUUCAAAUAGCAGUAGGGGACUUCUUUAAGGAUCUUCAAGAGGAAUUUCGAAAUUGGGAGGCCAGUGUUUCUUCACAAGGGACGCCGAAGAGCCUUUGGGAAGAACUGGGGGAAAUUGGAGAGGAAUUUGUGGAAUUUCUUGAGAAAGAACUCAACAUAAUCGAUGAUUCAGAAGCUGAAUCAAAUAACAACAAAGCAUCAGAUAAGACAGAUUCUUUUAGAACUUCCAAUGCUGAUAGCAUGAGAAACGAUGGUCGAAGUCAAACCAGCAAGGGAAGUAGUAUCGAGGAUGAUAUCGACGAGAUAGAAGCCACACUUUUGAAGUUGAAGAGGGAAUUGGGGUUGUAGCAUGGAAAUGCAAUGCAGAAUGGCUGCCUUUCAACCAUAUUUUUCUGUCAAGAGAACAUUAAAUUGGGUCUGAUUCUGAAAGCUCAUCUUAGUGGACCUGGGAGGAGGUAACUCUCGACAAAGUAUAUAUGGCCUUUUCCAAUUCUCCUAUGAUGCCAUUGGAAUCUCAUAUAAUUUGGUUGAAAUUGGCAAAUGUUUGGCCAUAAACUCUCUUUUAAUGCUGCUACUGCUCAUAGAGGUGUUAAAAUGAGUAUGAACUUUCUGGUUGUAGGUAUCAUUUUGUUGUGUAACAUAUUUGAAAUUCUAUUUUUUAGUCCAUAACAUUACAGUAAGAACAAAAAAAAAUUGGAUCUACAUUUUACUCUUGAUCAAAAGUUUCUUCAUUGCCUUGUUAA